CCGCCGCGGCCCCCUCACCGCCCUCCCCCCCCGCCCCCAGCAGCCCUCCUUCCCCCUCCCCUGUCGCGGCCCGCCCGGAGGCCCCCCACCUCCGCCCGUCGCGACGCCGGCGGCAGGCAGCCGGGGCGCAUGGCGGCGGGGGCGGGCGGCGCGGCAUUGGGGCGGGCGGCGCUGGCGGCGCCGCUGGUGCUGCUCUACUACGGCUUCUCCAUCGGCAUCACCUUCUACAACAAGUGGCUCAUGAAGAGCUUCCCCUUCCCGCUGCUCGUGACCCUGCUGCACCUCCUCCUCAUCUUCGGCCUCUCGGCGCUGGCCCGCGCCCUGGCGCGCUGCCGCUCCGGGCGGCCGCCGCCGGCGCUCUCCUGGGCCGACUGCCUCCGCCGGGCGGCCCCUGCAGCUCUGUCAACUUCCUUGGAUAUUGGGCUGAGUAACUGGAGCUUCCUAUACGUCACUGUCUCCCUCUACACGAUGACCAAAUCCUCUGCCAUUCUCUUCAUCCUGCUUUUUUCACUGCUCUUCAAGCUGGAGGAACUGAGGGUGGCAUUGCUGGUGGUGGUUCUGCUCAUCGCUGGGGGGCUCUUCAUGUUCACCUACAAGUCCACACAGUUCAACGCACAGGGGUUCGUGCUGGUGCUGUGUGCCUCUUUCCUUGGGGGUAUUCGCUGGACACUCACACAGAUACUUAUGCAGAAGGCUGAACUGGGGCUCCAGAACCCCAUUGAUAUCAUGUUUCACCUGCAGCCGCUCAUGUUCCUGGGGCUCUUCCCACUCUUUGCGGUGUUUGAGGGCCUGCCUUUGUCCGUAUCAGAGAAGCUCUUCCGUUUCCAUGAAGCAGGAAUGCUGUUCUCUCUGGUAGGGAAGCUGUUCUUGGGUGGAAUUCUUGCCUUUGGUCUAGGCUUUUCUGAGUUCCUCUUGGUUUCCAGAACAUCUAGCCUCACCCUUUCCAUUGCUGGCAUUUUUAAGGAAAUCUGCAUUUUAUUCCUCGCCACACGUUUGCUGGGAGACCACCUCAGUCUCUUGAACUGGCUGGGCUUUGCUGUCUGUCUGGCAGGAAUCUCCCUUCAUGUCAUUCUCAAAGCCAUGAAUUCCAAAGGUGAAAAAGCACUGAAGCUACACAAAGAGGCCAGCUCCAACCCUGACCUGGAGCUGCUGCUGCACCACACUGAACACGGUGAGGAGGAGGAAGAGGAUGUUGAAACCCCACAGCAACACUAACCGAACGUGAAGCACAAAGCAGCCUGCUCUGUUCUUACCAAACCUGCCUGAGAGCUAUCUAGGAGGAAGGUCCAAGAGUCUCUGUCUGUGACCACCCAAAGGAGAGCCAGAGCCUGGUGAGAGAGUCCUGCUGUUCUGCUACAGUGUGGAUCUGUAGAUGCUGCACAAGAAACAGGCAAUAUCCCUUUCACAGAGAGCGAACUUGGAAGAUGAGCCCUGGUUCAGUGGAAGUAGAACGGCGUGGUGAGACUGGGAAAUGCUGUAGAAAGCUUAUUAGGGAAUCCUGAAGGCUGUAUAUUGAGAGUGUAGACCAUGAGCUGUACAAUAUGCGUGGACACGUCUGGACUGCAGGCUGAGUGGUUCAGGGAUGAUUUUAGUGUUGUUUAGGCUUUGGCUUCAAAAGAGAAAGUAGAUAUACCUUCCCAUACUUACUUUAUGGUUCUGCUAAGUAGGAACUCCCAUCUUGGUGGGAGCAGAUGACUACGUAUAAGUAGACUUGUCCCAGUGAGAAGGAGCCUUUGUGCCUGGUGACCUCCAUGUUCUGUGUGCAGAGUAAGGAGAGAAUUAAAUGCUGAUAUUUGGGACCAAUUGAACGUAGCCAAAUGAUGUUGGUUGGAGGAAGGACAGGGAUUCAUAAGUACUUCUGGCCCUACAGGCCAAGGGGAGAGAGAGCAGUAGCACAGGAGAUCUAGCCUGAGCAAUAAGCUUAUCAGAAAGUAUGUGGGUAUUUGAGGGGGGAAUUCUUUGUUUUUUAAAUAAACUGUUUUUCUGA